AUGCUACGCGGUGUAAAGACAGGUUAUAUUUUCCCCUACAGCAAUGUCAGAAAUUUCCCUGAACAUGGCUAUACCGUUUCCUCGCUAUGUAAGGCGCGCUUUUACAUGAAUACGUCUUCCCUAGUCAUCACAGUCGGCUUUGUGCUUCCCACCCUAACCAGCGUCAACCAAAAACUGGAAAAGCAUGUCAACGAAGGCGAUGACAUUUCAAUGAAAGAACUGAUAAAUAUUUUUAUAAAAAGCGGCAAGACGAAUUUGAUCGCCUUUGCGGAUCGUCUGACGCGUGUGGCGCUCGAAACCUCCCUGGCGUGUGCGUUGAUUACGUGCCAGAACGACUUCGCGGACAGUGUGGUGUACGUGUGGGAUCUACACCCUCGUCUACACCAGUACUACUUCAGUGAGCUCUUUCGGUUUAUGCGCAUCCCGCGCUUUCUCGCGACGCUAUUGGGCCCCUCCCCGUCCUCGGCGGAUAUCGCCUUUGUGGAGACGGCCAUCCCUCCGUUCGCCGCCGUGGAGGACGUGGUGAAGCGAAAGACGAUUUCCUGGGUGGCAAACGUCGUUGUGGACCUCGCGCGGAUUGGCCUGGCGGGGCCGAUGAAGGACAAGAAGACCGCCGCCCUCAAACAGGUGGUGCUGCACACCUCCACCACCCUCUGCUGUGCCGUGGGCGCCGGGGUCGGACGGGGGGUGGGGGGAGGCCGAGGGGAGUACUGGGGGGAAAUUGUGGGGCUGUUCUGCGUGCCCCUCAUUAACGUGGGGUACAUGGCGAAGGUGGUACGACGGCAACUCCAGCGACGUGGCCACACCUCAUUCUCCGGCGGACACCGCCACCAUCACAAGCACGAGAACUCGGAGCGCCUGUCCAGUCUUGAUAAACCCGCCGUGGUGGAGUAA